CCCCGUCUUCUUUAGCGCAUCGCCAUACAUCCCUGCUAUCCUGCGCCGCUCGCCUUAUCCUUCACCCCCCACCUUUUCCUCUUCUUCAAACAGCUCCCUCCUUCAUAGAAAAAUACCCAAAAUCUUUUAAGGAGACAAAUAUGACUCCAAGAUUGGGUUAGAAGUCGAGCUCUUGAUGGGUGAUCUCGGAGAGGGGAGGGAAAAGAAGAGGGUUUUGUUCUGUUCAGAGAUGUGAUCUGAUGCGAAGAGGGAAGCUCUGAAGAGAGAUCUUGGUGAAAUUUAGGGUUUAGUAGUUGACAUCUUCUUCGUGUUCUUCAAGGGCCAGUGUCAUGGCUGGUGGUAAUGAAGUUGACAUCAGUGAGUCCAGGAUGGUGGUUCCUCUGAAUACAUGGGUCCUCAUCUCCAAUUUCAAGCUGGCAUACACUCUUCUCCGUCGUCCAGAUGGCACUUUCAAUCGCCAUUUGGCGGAGUUCCUUGACCGCAAAGUGCCUGCCAAUGCGAAUCCAGUUGAUGGGGUGUUCUCUUUCGAUGUUAUUAUUGACCGUGAGACCAGCCUCCUUAGUCGAGUCUAUCGCUUGGCUGAUGCUGAAGGUCUCCCUAGUAUUGGUGAGCUUGAGAAGCCCUUGACAUCUGAUGUUGUUCCUGUCAUUAUAUUCUUUCAUGGUGGAAGCUUUGCUCAUUCCUCUUCAAAUAGUGCUAUAUAUGACACCCUUUGUCGCCGGCUGGUGGGCAUCUGUAAGGCUGUUGUGGUAUCAGUGAAUUAUAGGCGAUCUCCUGAAAACCGUUACCCGUGUGCUUAUGAUGAUGGCUGGGCUGUUCUUAGGUGGGUUAAUUCAAGGCAUUGGCUUCAAAGUCCAAAAGAUUCCAAAGUUCAUAUAUACUUGGCCGGAGAUAGCUCUGGUGGUAAUAUUGUCCAUAAUGUUGCUUUAAAAGCUGUAGAAUCAGGCAUUGAAGUACUGGGGAACAUACUUCUCAACCCAAUGUUUGGUGGGCAGAAGAGAACUGAGUCAGAGAAGCGGCUAGAUGGGAAAUAUUUUGUCACCAUUCAAGACAGAGACUGGUAUUGGAGAGCAUUUCUUCCUGACGGAGAAGACAGGGACCAUCCAGCAUGCAAUCCAUUUGGUCCCAAGGGCACGAGCCUUGAGGGAAUCAAGUUCCCCAAAAGUCUUCUUGUUGUAGCCGGUUUAGAUCUUAUUCAAGAUUGGCAAUUGGCCUAUGAAGAAGGGCUAAAGAAGCAUGGACAAAAGGUGAACCUUCUAUAUUUGGAGCGGGCAACGAUUGGGUUCUACUUGUUGCCGAACAAUGACCACUUCUACACUGUUAUGGACGAGAUCAGUAAUUUUGUUAAUUCUUAACUGUUAAUACACUUAGCUUACUGACAAGCAGCAAUGGGUAAAAGCUUGACAUUUUGCCACAGAAUGAUCUUCUUUUGAAGGGCUUGUUUGCAGUUUGUAAGAUUGUCUAGUAGUACUGCCAUUUAGUCUUUAGUUGGUUGUGUUAUUGCUUUUGCACUGUGCUGGGUCUGGUUCAUCUCCGGUCAGAUGGACUGGUUUGGUUGUUGGUUGUUUCUUGAAGAAGUCAAGUGGUUCAGCAUCUAGCUGGACAUCAAAGUCCCGCUUACAUUGACGACUUGGGCGUUUACUCCUCAAGUGAUGUGGUCUGGUGUAAGUACUUGGCAGGCGAGGGGAGCCUUCUAACUCAGUUCAGCAGAUCCGCCAAUCUGAAAACUAUCCUUUCCCGACUGCUUGCAACAGAGGAAAGUAACACAAAAGUGUGCAACAACAGUGUUCGGUGGCGAUCAACCUGGGCUUGGUGCUAUCUAACGUUAUAUAGCUAAUUCUGUGACGUGGAUGGAAAACAUCCAUUGUACUAUAAACAUAUAUGAUGAUGUUUAUACUUAUGUUCUAGCAUUAUGUAAAGUUUGUUGAUCUAAGAUCCGCUUCUUUUUCCUGUUCU